UAAAGAAUUAGCAAUUUCGCUGGAUUUCCCUAUGGAAAAUAUAAUUUAGGCUGUGCGACUUGACUCAGCGAUGAGAGGGAAGACAAAUUUUGUGUAGGAAAUCGCUACCUCCACUUGGUUCUUCGGUUCUGGAACCACGUUUUGACCUGAGCGUCCGUCAUCUUCAGACUCUUAGCCAAGGCGGCUCUUUCGGCGCUGGCGAGGUACUUCUGCCGGUGGAAGCGCUUCUCCAACUCGCAAAUUUGGACCCUGGAGAACGAGGUCCGGGGCUUUUUCCUUUUCGGGGGCGUGCGGUUUUGAUAGGGGUGUCCUAUCCUUCUUGUGACCGUGAACGGAACCAGAGCCGCUGGAGAGAAGAAAAAAAAAAUCCCAGAUUGUACGACCUACUUUGUGUGUAACUUGAUCGGUUGGAGAACCUGAAGAGGAACUUGUGAUGAGGAGUUCCUGUACCUGGUUCCUGGUGUCAACAGUGGUAAGAAGCAGGAAGAAAACUUUGUUGCGUCCAGCUUGAUGGAACACCAGAAGGCACUUCAACUCAUCUGAAGGCCGUAGCAGAUCUCACGCUGCUCUGCUACCUGCAUUUCAGUAUCAGCAACAGUAAUGAGUUCAUCUUUUUUGUUGUAGAAGGCCAUCGAGUUGAGGAGAGGGGAAGUGAGGAUUCGAUAAAUAAACAUGAAUUCAAGCUGUUUUUGCGGCUGCUUUUCUGUCUGAUGCAACAUUUCAUGAAUAGAGGAGGUGGCAAUACAUGUUGAGCGGAAGAUGAUGUACAAGUGAACACCGCAUUCGUGGAGCUAUUUUAAAAAUCCAUUUUCGAAAAAAUCCAAACAGCACAGAAGUGAUCUCCACAAUGUGCACAUUUGCUGGCCUCCACCUUGUUCUAGCCACUUCCUCUUAACCGUCUGAAGGCAGGAAGAGAGGAGAGACAGAAGAGGAAGAGAGAUGAAAGGGGAGGGCUGAUUCAGUGCAUUUGUUUCUAACAAAACGUCAUUAUUCAAGGCAUUUAAACAGAGACUAUGAAAGGAAUAUAAAACAAAGGAUAGAUUUAACAAGUCGCUUGCCAUCAUGGUGUCUUGGAAGAGGACGACUCUCGAGCGGUUUGGUGUCGCCAAGUGGAGUUUUGCUGGCCAGGGGGAGAAGCAGCUUUCUCUGGAGAUUGGAGAGACGGUUUAUAUUCAAGAAGCUUGUGAUGGGUGGUACAAAGGGUACCUGGCAAGGAACAAGGCGCUGCAGGGUGUGUUUCCUGCCAGUUUCAUACACCUGAAGGAGGUUGUUGUUGAACACCGAGGAAAUGAGGAGGUGGUGCUGUCUGCUGAGAUGCCUCUGGUCAAGGAGGUGACCACCACUCUGAGGGAGUGGGGGAGCAUAUGGAAGCAGCUCUUUGUGGCCAAUAAAGAGGCACGUGUGAAGCAGGUCGAGGGGCUGAUGUGGGAGCUGAUUGAGUGGCGCUCACAGCUUCUCUCUGGAACUCUCCCCUGUGAUGAAUUUAAGGAGCUUAAGCAGAAAGUCACCUCCAAAAUCGAUUAUGGAAACAAAAUCCUGGAGUUGGACCAAGUGGUUCGAGAUCCAGCUGGAAACAUCUUGGACCCAGAACAGGCCAGUGUCAUUAGCCUCUUCCGAGCGCAUGAGAAAGCCACCGCCAAAAUCAAGGAACGCAUUCGGGAGGAUCAGUCCAACAUUCAGACCGAUCACAGCGGGAUUUCUGCACGCAUCCAGUCCUCUCCAACACACAGCCUCUACGUCUUCGUCAGGAACUUUGUGUGUCGCAUUCAGGAAGACACUGAGCUCUUCAUGUCCCUUUAUGACCCCUCAAAACAAGCCAUCAUCAGCGAGAAUUAUUUGGUGCGUUGGGGCGGCAAGAGUGUUCCCUUCGACAUUGAAACAUUCAACAAUUUGAAAGUUGUCUUUACGGACUUGGGAAACAAGGACCUGAGCCGGGAGAAGAUUUAUUUGAUCUGUCAGAUCGUUCGAGUGGGCAGGAUGGAUCUGAAGGAGACAAACAAAAAAUGCACUCAGGGUCUGAGGAGGCCCUUUGGGGUGGCAGUGAUGGACAUCAGCGAUAUCAUUAAGGGGAAGACUGAAUGCGACGAAGAGAAGCAGUAUUUCAUUCCCUUCUUCCCGGUUGUAGCCGAGAAUGAUUUCCUCCACACCUUGCUGAACAAAGUAACAGCCUUUCGAGGAGACAGUGGGGGCCAAGGUGUGUGGGUGACCAUGAAGGCUCUUGUCGGGGAUAUAGUUCAGAUUCGGAAGGAGUAUCCACAUCUGGUGGACCGCAGCACCGUUGUUGCCCGGAAGCUUGGCUUCCCUGAAAUCAUAAUGCCAGGAGACGUGAGAAACGACAUCUACCUGACCCUGCAGGGCGGCGACUUCGACAAGUACAACAAGACCACGCAGAAGAACGUGGAGGUCAUCAUGUGGGUCUGUGACGAAGAUGGCAAGGUCGUACAGAACUCCAUCUGUCUGGGAGCGGGGGAUAAGCCGGUCGGUGAAUACAGAUCUGUCAUCUACUACCAAAUCAAACAGCCCCGCUGGAUGGAGACGUUUAAGGUGGCUGUCCCUCUGGAAGAGAUGCACAGAAUUCAUUUACGCUUCAUGUUCAGGCAUCGCUCUUCCCAGGAGUCUAAGGAUAAGAGCGAAAAGAACUUUGCCAUGGCCUUUGUACGACUGAUGAAAGAUGAUGGGACGGUUCUGCAAGAUGGGCUUCAUGACCUUGUGGUCUUCAAGGGUGACAGCAAGCGCAUGGAAGACGUGAACUCUUACUUAUCACUGCCCUCCACCCGUCACCAUCACGGUGACCUCCCCAAAGGCUCACAUCUGAGCCGCAGCUCCAGCAAUCUGAGCGGCAGCGGAGGCCUGUCGGUCAGUUCCAGGGACAGUUUCAGCAUCUCCACCUUGGUCUGCUCCACCAAACUCACCCAGAAUGUUGGUCUCCUGGGGCUUCUCAAAUGGAGGACUCGACCUGAAAUCCUCAAGGAUAACCUCGAGAAACUGAAAAUCAUUGAUGGCGAGGAAGUGGUGAAGUUCCUGCAGGACACUCUCGACGCUUUGUUCAACAUCAUGAUGGAGCACUCGCAGACCGAUGACUAUGACAUCCUCGUGUUCGAUGCCCUGAUAUACAUAAUCAGUCUGAUCGCUGACAGAAAGUUCCAGCAUUUCAACACAGUGUUGGAGGCCUACAUCAAACAGCACUUCAGCGCCACCUUGGCCUACAAAAAACUGAUGACGGUUCUGAAGAGGUAUCUGGACGUCUCCAGCCGUGGGGAACAGUGCGAGCCCAUCCUACGAACCCUCAAAUCUCUGGAGUACAUCUUCAAGUUCAUUGUCCGUUCACGCAUGCUCUACUCCCAGUUGUACGAGGGAAAAGAACAAGCUGAUUUCGAGGACUCGCUGAGACAGCUGUUUGAGUCCAUCAACAGCCUGAUGAAAACAGACUUCACCACAACUCUGCUGCUGCGGGUUGCAGCUCUGAAGUACCUGCCAGCAGUUCUUCACGACGUUGAGAAAGUGUUUGAUGCAAAACUACUGAGUGAAUUGCUGCAUGAUUUUUAUUCCUGUAUCCCUCCUGAGACACUCCAGAAACAGAAGGUGGCUUCCAUGACUGAAAUUGUUAACAGUCGGCUAUUCCAGAGGCAAGAGUGCCGUGAUAUUCUAUUACCCAUGAUGCUGCGGGAGCUGAGGGUGGCGCUUGCCUGUAUGGCUGAUGGGCCCCAUGAUGAGAGGAGAAAUAGCCUGGAGCUGUUGAACAAUAUUCUGGAGGUGCUCAGCAGGAACAAUGUGGGUGAGACAUUUCAACAUAUCCAGGACAUUGUGGUGUCUCUGCUGAGAAUCAUCAACCAGACCGUCAUCACAAUGGGCCGAGAGCAUGCUCUGAUUUCCAGGGUCGUGGCAUGCAUGACCGCGAUCCUCAGUCAGAUGAGCGACGCUCACUAUUCCACCUACAUUGAGACUUUCUCUGGCACCUCGGAUCUUGUGGACUUCCUGAUGGAGUCAUUCUUGCUUUUCAAGGACCUCAUUGGCAAACAUGUUUACCCCUCCGACUGGAUGGCUAUGAUCAUGGUGCAGAACAGGGUCUUCCUGAGAGCGAUUAACACCUAUGCUGACACCAUGAACAAGAGGUUUCUGAGCAAUGAUGACUUUGAAGUGCAGCUGUGGAACAACUACUUCCACUUGGCCGUAGCCUUUAUUACCCAGGAGUCUCUGCAGCUUCAACAUUUUUCUCCCACGAAGAGGAACAAGAUUCUGUCCAAAUAUGGUGACAUGAGGCGACUCAUUGGCUUCGCAAUUCGUGACAUUUGGUAUAAACUAGGCAGUCACAAAAUCUGUUUCAUCCCUGGAAUGGUGGGUCCCAUCCUGGAGAUGACUUUAAUCCCAGAGGAGGAGCUGAGGAGGGCGACAAUCCCCAUCUUCUUUGACAUGAUCACCUGUGAACACGCGCACUCGGGAAACUUUGGCAAGUUUGAGAAUGAGAUCAUCCUGAAGUUGGAUCAUGAAGUGGAGGGCGGAGGCGGAGAUGAGCAAUACAUGCAGCUGCUUGAAACCAUCCUGCUGGACUGUGCUACAGACAAACCUGCGCUAAGACCUCUAGUGCAGCACUUUGUGGCCCUGGUGAAGGGACUCCUCAUGCGUCUCCUGGACUACCGGGCGGUUAUGAGCGACGAUAGCCGGAAUAACCGCAUGAGCUGCACCGUCAACCUCCUUAACUUUUACAAGGACAUCAAUCGUGAAGGAAUGUACAUCAGGUACCUUUACAAGUUACGGGAUCUUCAUCUGGAGGGAGAAAACUACACAGAAGCAGCAUACACGCUGCUGCUUCACUCUCGUCUGCUCAAGUGGUCGGAUGAGAUGUGCACCCAGUUUGAGUUCCACGGCUCCCAAACUCAGCGACAGCUCAAAGAAACCCUCUACGACACCAUCAUUGGCUACUUUGACAAGGGCAAGAUGUGGGAAGAAGCCAUCACGCUUUGUAAAGAGCUGGCAGAGCAGUACGAAAACGAGAUCUUUGACUACGAGUUACUCAGCAAGAGACUGAAGAAACAAGCUGGGUUCUAUGAAAACAUCAUGAAGAUAUUAAGACCGAAGCCAGACUACUUUGCCGUGGGCUACUAUGGACAAGGGUACCCUCCCUUCCUCAGGAACAAAGUGUUUAUCCAUCGAGGCAAGGAGUAUGAGCGCAGAGAGGACUACCAGAACCAGCUGAUGAGCCAGUACCCCAGCGCCGUGCGCCUCAACACCACCACCAUGCCCGGAGAUGAUAUCAGAAACUCCCCUCUUCAGUACAUCCAGUGUUUCACUGUCCAGCCAGUCCUGGAGAUCCCGCCACGUUUGAGGAACAAGCCUGUUCCAGAUCAGAUCAUCAACUUUUACAAGUCCAACUACGUGCAGCGUUUCCACUAUUCCCGGCCUGUGAGGAGGGAACCUGUAGAUCCGAACAAUGAGUUUGCAUCGAUGUGGAUCGAACGCACGACCUUCACCAUUGUGUAUAAACUGCCUGGAAUCCUGCGCUGGUUUGAGGCGACAGACAUGAAACAGACGACCUUGUCUCCACUAGAGAACGCUAUUGAGACAAUGGAGUCCACCAACGAAAAGAUCCUGACCAUGAUUAACCAGUAUCAGGCAGACCUGAGCCUUCCCAUCAACCCCCUUUCGAUGCUCCUCAAUGGAAUUGUGGACCCAGCUGUCAUGGGGGGAUUUGCCAAGUAUGAGAAGGCCUUUUUCACUGAGGAGUACGCUAUGCUGCACCCUGAGGACGGAGACAAACUGCAGCUCCUUAAAGACCUCAUCGCUUGGCAGACCCCGCUGCUGGGCGCAGGGAUUUUGCUCCACGGGAAGAGAGUGUCCGAGGAUCUUCGUCCGUUUCACGAGCGGAUGGAGGAAUGCUUCAAGCAGCUGAAGAAGAAAGUGGAGAAGGAGUAUGGAGUGAGAGAGUUGCCUGACCUUGAUGAAAGGAAGUCCACUCGGCCUCGCUCCAUGCUGCGAUCUAUUCGUCAGUCGAUAAUCUCAACAUCCUCGCUGCAGGAAUCAGAAUGCAGCACGCCGACGAAGGUGGCUCCUGAUAGGGAUUUGCCACCAGAAUCUCCUGUAUCCUGGUCGUCCACGCUGCAGCACUCCAGUGGCAGCGUCAGUUUCAGCGCGACGGAGGAGACUGUGGUGACCAUCGGGGAUCAGGAGGUGAAGCUGAGGAAAAGCAAGAAGAAGAAGAAGAGGAGCAGCAUGAUCUUCAUCUCUGAGGAGAGAGAGAGGACCAGCACUCUGGACUCCAGGAGGCUGUCCAAGAAGCAGGAGUUCCGCAGUGACACGAACUUGUCCGAGCCCAAUGACGGCAACGUGUUUCUCACCAACGCCAACUCCCGAUCUAUGCCGACCAUCACAGGCCUGGCCUUGGCCGUGGUCAGCGGAGGGGAUGACGUUGACACAGGUCGGAUGAGACGAGACAGUAAGAGUGCAUCCAUGUGUGGGACAUCAGACCGAACAGCGGACCGGCGCUCAAAGGGAGUCAUCGGCCUCCUGUUUAAGUCCAAGAGCGCCAAACCAGAAGAUGGGAAGAACCACAACCCGAGCGACAGCCAUUUCUGAACCUUUUUUUUUUUCAAACGUCUUGAUCUUAAAAGAGAUCCCGCCAAAAUGUCAACUGCCACACUUGCUGUGUGCCAGUCUCAGUAUUGCUGCUUUAAUAGAAAAAAAAAAAAAAACAAACAAUUUUGACCCAUCAAUAAAUGCUAUUUUGCUCAGCGAC